CCCCCAUCGCUCCCCCUCCCCUCGCCAACAUGCCAGCCACCUCCCGUGAUGGCGCCGAGGAGGCUGCCCCCUCGGUGGCCCCGCUGACGCCGAACGCCUCGAAGCAGUCCGCCGGCGACCCGCUCGUUCGCCGGCGCGUCGUUGCUGCCGCCCCGAAUAACCACCUCCUGAGCCCGCGUGGCAACCUGGCCCCGGGAGCCAUGUCCCCGAGUGGCUCGCCGCUCAUGCGCCGCGGCUCGGUCGCCCCGAUCCUGAUGAUGGACCCCUCCGCCCGAGCGAACAAGGCCAGCCUCGCGGCCAUGGACCGCCUCGAGGCCGCCCCGACUGAGCUGCACUACGUCGAGCCAAUGGACUUCGAGUCGGUGUACAUGAUCAAGUCCAAGCUGAUUGCCGAAGACCCCGCCCGCGCGAUCCUUGUCUUCCCCGAGGACAACAUCGCGUAUUACCGCCCGGAGCGCUUCCAGCGCACCGUCCGCCUGCCCAUCCCUUCGGUGUCCCUCCCAUCGUCGAUCUCCAAACGCUCGUCCGAGCUCUCUUCCCAGUCCUCCUUCCUGGCGUCACUCGGUCCCAAUGCCGUCUCCCUCUAUGUCCGCGGUCUCUUCGACUUCUUCACUCGCGAUUGGACCGUCCUCGCCCGGCAGUAUGAGCACCUCUCACACUACCCAUCGCCCUAUGGCCCGACCGACCCCACCGAGAAGAUCGAGUUCCUGGAGAGUCUGACAGUAGGUGGCUUCGAGAUUGAUUUGCUCCCUGAUGAGGAGGCUCCCGCCCCUGCGGCCACUGGCUCGCGCAACCGCCCCGGCUCGACGUACGGCACGCUGUCGCGCACGGCCGGGCUGAGCCCCGGCGGGGCACAGUCCCCCGGCCGGCCCGGCUCCGGCGGGUCUUCCUCCUCCUCCUCCUCCGCUUCCGGCGCCGGCGCCGGCCCCGGAAGCGGUGGCGAUCUGCUGAGCACGGUCAUCAACACCGGCGGCGGGUCGUCCCUCCGGCGGUCGGCCACCCUGUCAUCGCGGCCGACCCGCCGGCCGCCGGCCGAUCGCCUUGACCCCUCGGAGGCGGAUCGCCUGCUGUUUGAGAUGCUCUCCGAGACCGGCGGCAGUGCCGGCAUCGAUGACAGUGGCCAUGAUCUUGCGGCCGGGGGCUCCGCCGACCCGACGGGCCCCGGCGGCCUGCCCAAGCUGCGCAUCGGCUCGACGGAGGAUGUGUCGAUCGCCGUGCCCGGCGAGGGCGAGAACUCGCUGCUGGCAUCGCGCAGCCGGGCCGACUACUCGUCGGCCAUGUCGCUGAAGUCCCUCCUGUCGGCCACGGCCUCCGGCGACACCGGCGUCCGGGUGGUCAACUACGGGCAGCUGGUCUUCCCCACAUAUCGGAUGCUGGAAUCGCCGGCCUUCACGGCCGGGCCCGGGGACACCGGCACGGCGGCGCCCCUGAGCUCGACGGCCCCCUCCUCGGAGGUGAUCCACGUGCCGCGCCCGGUGGGCGAGCCUUUCGGCACGCAGGUGGGCCGGCGCUUCCUGAUCGAGGUGUUUGCCCUGGACAUGGGCCCCACGCCGGAGCCCUGGUUCGGGUCGCUGAUGCUGGUGGACAUUGCCAAGCGCCAGCGCGUGUCCGAGGUCCUGCACUUCCACACCAAUUCCGAGUCCAUCAUGCGGCGCCUGCGCCAGGGGAUCCAGCUGAACCUGGACCAGCAGUCGCAGGGCGAGCGCCAGGUGGGCGGGUCGUCCGUGACGCCGGCCUCGGGCGCCGGGGUCUCCUCCUCCAACAUGUCGCUGGCGGACAGCUCGUCGGGGCUCUUCCUGCCGGAGGAGGAUGACCCGGCCUGUCGGUCUCGCCGGGCCAUGUUCGAGCUGACCCAGCCCAGCAUGGACAUUUUCCUGGUCCUGCGCGUGGACAAGGUCCUGGAGGGGGACAUCGAGCCCAUCUACGACCGGUAUGCUCCCAAUGCCAAGUCCAGCCUGGCCCCGACCGUGGAGCAGGUGGAGAACCUGUGCACUCGGCUGGGGCGCUUCCGGCAGCCCUACGCCUGGGGCGCCAUGCGUCUGCUGUCCACCGAGACCGGUCUCUCGGCCGAGGCGGUGCCCCACCCGGCGGGCGCCGCGUCGCCGGCCUUCCCGGGCAUCGGGUCGGAUCUGUCCCUGAACUUUGGCCUCACCCAUGCCGGGGGCAGUCAGCUGGCCUCUUCGGCGUCCUCCACGUCGGAUGCGGCGUCCGGCUCGGGCAGCAGCCUCCCGCGGUCCUCCUCGGCCACCUCCGGCAGUCAGUUCACCACCAUCCAGUCCAGCAUGUCGGACCUGUCGGACCCCUCGCUGUCCGGCGGGCAGCCGGCCAUCGCCCCGACGUCCAGCUGCGACCUGCUCGAGGGGACCGACCGUCUGUCCAUGCGUGGGCUCUUCCGCUAUGAGGACAGCCGGUGCGCCGAUGAGGAGAUCUUCUCCUAUCUGUCGCAGUUCGUUUCGACCAGUGGCCAGUGCCCGACCACCGGGGCCCCGGUGGCCAGCGGUGCGGCCGCGGUCGCGGCCGCCGCCGCCGCCGUCUCCUCCAGCUCCAAGCGCGCCUCGGCGCGCAACCGCCGCACCGUGUCCGGUGUGUUGCAGUUCCACAUGCGCGAGGUGGAUGCCAUGGUGCAGGUGCCCAACUCCCUGACCCCCUCGUUGGCCCCGGUGAAGCCCUACGCCGACGUCAACCCCCUCAAGAUCGUGCGCGAGGUGGGCGAAUUCACCACCAGCCAAUCCGGGCGCCAGCACAUGGAGUUCGUCAACCUCCUGUACGUGUACCCGCAAAUGGUCAAUAUGAGCCGGUGGACCGGCGGCCGGGACAACGCCCGGAACAUCGCCAUCCGCAUGCAGUUCGUGCCGACCUCGGUCGGCGGGUCCUCCUCGCCGACGGCGGCCCCCGGGUCCAAUGCCCUGAAGGCCCUCUUCGGCCGGGCCCCGGGGCAGUCCUUCGUCAGCGAGGUCUACUCGGCGGUGUCCUUCCACGAGAAGGCGCCGCAGUUCUUCGACGAAUUCAAGGUGGCCCUGCCGCUGAAUCUCCUGUCGGCAGCCAAUGAGUACCAUUGCCUCUUCACCUUCUACCACAUUGGCUGCAAGCCGCGCAAGACCCUGCGCUCGGAGCACCUGCUGGGCUAUUCGUGGCUGCACCUGCGCCGUGAUGGGGCCAUCAUCCCGGACGGGGAGUACCACCUACCGGUGGCCACCGAGAUCAACAGCUCGACGCCCUACGAUGCCGAGGGGGCCGACCACAAGUGGCUGGAAAGCCGCCGGCCGGUGUUCACCCUGCGCACGCGCCUCGUGUCGUCCAUCUACACACAGGACCGCGCGCUGGACCGGUUCUUCAGCGCGCUGGACUUUGUGGCCGCCCAGCCGGAGUCGGUGACCCGGCUGGUGGACGCCCUGCGCGGCCUGGCCAAGGUGUCCCGGCCGGUGCUGGCCCAAUACUCCUCGGUGGUGUUGGAUUCGCUGUUGAACCUGCUGACGUGUACAUCGGCCCCGGGGUUCGGGGGUGCGGCGGCGGCGGCCGCCGCCUCCGGGCCGACGGCCGCCAUCCCGGCCGCGGCCCUCGGUGCGCUGCUCGAUGUCUUGUCGACCCUGAGCAGUGGCGGAGCCACGGGCGCCGGGAAUGCGCAUGGGGCCCACUCCCAUGGCCCGAGCCACGCCGCGGCGCCGGCCCAUGCGUGGCGCCAUCCGGACUUGGUGUCUUACAUCCGGUACCGGGUUCACAACCGGACCAUGGCCCAGGCGGCGGCGGCGGCCAGCUCGCCUUCCUCGCCGACGGCCCCCUCGCCGACGCUGCUGGAUGCGCAGCCCGACCAGGCGGAGCUCUUCCAGGUGGUGGUGGAUUUGCUGCUCCGGGCCCUGACCGAUCCCGGGUUCCUCAGCCGCGACCAUCGGAACCACCUGCUCCGGUAUGCGUGGUUCCUGUUUGACGUGUGCAUCAAGAGCGUCCUGCAGUACCUGCAUGAUGAGGUGGGCUGGACCUCGGCGGCCGCGGUGACCGGCCAGGCGCCGCGCGGCCUGCCGCUGACAUUCACGCACCAGCUGAACCAGCUGUUCGACGCCAUGAUCGCCCACCUGCUGAAGGACUACAAGUCCAACUAUGCCGCGGUGCGGGACUUCAACACCAGCCUCUCCUACUUCAUUGGGGAUCUGGCCUCCUUCCUGGACAAGCGGUCGGUCUUCCGCUUUGCCGAGCUCCACUGCCAGCGGAUCUCCUACAACCAGUCGGCCCCGCUGCUGCUGCUGAAGUUCGACAUGCUGAAGAUCGUCUGCUCGCAUGAGCACUUCGUGGCGCUCAACCUGCCGACCAGCGAUUACCUCCGCCGGCCGAUGGGCGGCGUGGCGCCGCUCUACCCCGAGGGCCGGGAGUUCCCCCUGCGCGGGGCCGGGUCCAUGGCGUCCAUGGGCUCGGUCGGGUCCAUCAGUGACGCGGCCCCGGGGCCCGGGGCCUCCUCCGCGUCGCCGGGGGCCGGCUCGCUGCUGGCCAACGGCGCCCUGGGCCUGGCCCAGAGCGUGGCCUCGGCCCUGAUGUCCGGCCUGUCGUCCGUGACCGCCGGCCAUGGCGGCUCCGCGGCCGGCUCGCCCACCCUGGACUCGCUGUCCGGCGGCAGCCCGCCCGGGACCAACGACCUGCAGGAUGAAUUCUGGCGCCGGCACUACCUGGCUGGGCUGCUGAUUCACGAGGUGGGCCUGAUGCUGGAGCACCAGCAGCAGGAGCCCCGGUCCAAUGCGGUGUUCGUGCUGCGGGACAUCAUCGGCAAGCUGGACGCCGACCCGCGCUUCGACACGGCCGACAAGCGCGCCCGCCUGGGCGCCAUCUUCUUCCCGAUCAUCCCGCGGAUUGUGCGCUGUGCGCCGGCCCUGCGCAAGGCCCUGGUCAGUGCCUCGUUGGAUACGCCACCGAAGGCGGACUCCUCCUCGAGGCGGCCGAUUUCGGCGGCUGCGGCGUCGGCCGCGGCCGCGGCCGCGGCCGCCGCCAAGAGGGACGCCGCCGUGGCCGACGGCGAGUCGGCCUUCGGCGAGCACGACUCCGCGGCCCUGGCCCCGGAGAGCUCCUCGGCCUAUGACUUCUCCCUGGCCGAGGCGCGUGCCCUGCUGCUGGUGUUCAUGACGGUCCUGCGGCACACGCACCUGGACUGCCUGACGGAGUGGCUGUUCGAGCACUGCUCGCGGUCGGACUUCGCCUCCUUCUUCGACACGCUCUCCUGCGCGUCGCACAUCUUCCAGUAUCUGGGGCAGAGGCACAUCACGCGCGAGCGGGCGGCUCUGCUGGGCGAGGCCGGCGCGGCGGCGGCCGCCGUGGCCGGUCUCAGCCCGGCCGACCUGGCCGCCGGGCUGCAUGGCGCUUCGCCGGUCCCCUCGCCGGUGGGCGGCUUCGGUGGGCCUCCCUCUCCCGGGCCAUUUGGCUUUGGGUCCGGGUCUGGCACGCCGUCGGAUGCCUCCUCCUCCUCGGCGGCCGGCAGCAACACCAGCAGCAAGCGCCUGUCCAUGUCGAUCCUCCUGCCGGAGGAUGCGGUCAUCAACCCGGCGCCGGCGGCCUUCCUUGGCGGGUCGCCGGCGGCUGGCGGGGACCUGCCCGCCGGGGGUCCGGUCAUCACCGGUGCCGGGACCAUUGGCCGGCGCAGCCGGAGCAGCUCCAUCGGCGCGCGCAUGGCCGCCGGCGGGCAGCGCCUGAGCACCGGCAGCCCUGGCGGCUCUGGGCCCGGGUCGCGGCCGUCCUCAUCCGGCGGCCUGCCCGGCGGCAAUGGCCGGCACCUGGCGGAGCUGGUGGCCGAGCCGAAGCUUCGCGCGGUGCUGGCCAUGGAAGUCCAGUCCAUCACGCUGGACAUCCUGCUGGCGGUGGUGUCCUCCCGGCCGGCAGCCUGGUUCCUGGCCUCGGAGUAUGCCUCCCUGGCGGAUGCCUCGCGGGCUGAGCCCGGUGUCGGGGCCGGCGGGUCGCAUGCGGCCCUCACCGAGACGGCCCUCGACACGCCGGUGCGGCUGCUUCACCCGCGCCUGGCCCCCAUCUUCGAGCUGCUGUCGGCCAUGCUGAGCCUGCACUCCUCGGACCGGGUGAUCCGCCUGCAGCUGGUGGCGCUGAAGUCCUUCAUCUUCCGCUUCCGGGAUGCCAUCUUCCAGGAGGGGACCCCCUACAGCGCGGACAUUUGCUGCAUCGUCAUGCGGUACUGCGCCUCGACGCAGACCCCGGUCCGGCAGUAUGCCUCGGCCUUGCUGUACCUGAUGCUGCGGCUGGGGUUCGAGGCCACCGGCUAUCGGAAUGUGGCCCGUGUCGGGCUGCAGGCCACGGUGGCCCUGUCGCGGCUGGAGCUUCGCGAUGCGCAGUACAUCCGCAAGGCCUUUGCCACGAUCCUGCAGUAUGCGGCCGUCGAUCCGGCGGUGCAUGCCACCUCCUCGCCCGGGGCCGAUGGCGCGUCCGGCACCGGGGCCGGGGGGUCCUCCGGCCCGGCCUCGGCCCUGGCCAAGUUGCCGGGCUUCGUGCAUGAUGUGGUGACCAAGCUGUUCCACAUUUCGCGCGACUCGGUGGCCAUGCUGCAGGAGCAGCAUUCGCGCGAUCCGGAUGCCCUGGCCGACAUGUACUGCCGGCUGCAGCAGUCGUAUGCCGCGGUGCCGGACAUGCAGCUGCACUGGCUGGAGCGCCUCUUCCAGCUGAACAUGCGCGAGGAGCUCUUCUACGAAGCGGCCCUGAGCCAGCUGCAUGCGGCGGCCAUCGUGGCCCGGCAUCUGCCCCGGGCCGCGGACUUCGGCGUCAUCCAGGACAUGGAGGCGUACAUCCGGAUUUCGCCCAACAUCAGCCCGGCGGCCGGGGCCGACACGGUGACCGGCGGGGGCCCCGGGGUGACCGGCGGCCCGGGCGCCGGGGCUGCCUCCGAAAUGGAGCAGGUCCUGACCACCGGCAGUUCGCUCUUCACGGACACCAGCUACAUCAAGCAGAUUGAGAUCGCCAUUCGGUUCUUGCGGAAGGAGCGCUGCUACGAGGCGCUGAUCAAUGUGCCCAAGUUGCUGUUCCCCAUCCACGAGAAGACGCGUCGGUACAACCGCCUGAUCACCCUGCACCAGCAGUCCUCGCAGGACAUGGCUUCCCUGUGUGAGCAGCUCCAGCGCGGCUCGCAGCUGGCCCCGUCAUACUACAUGCUCAAUCACUUUGGCCAGGCAUUCGGGGACCUGGCCGGACGGGAGUUCAUCGUGCGCGAGAAGCGCCUGGUCCGCCUGGCCGAGCUGUCGCAGACAUUGAAGACCUCGUACGAGCGCAUCUUCGGCGUGGAGGUGGAGGUCAUCCCCGAGGCCACGGUCGACAAGGCCGGCCUGGAGCCGGACAAGGCCUACCUGCAGGUGACCUUCGUGGAGCCGUACUUCCCGCCGGAGGAGCAGUCCCGGCGCUCGAACUUCGAGCGCUACACCAAUGUCUGCCGCUUCUUCUAUGAGACUCCCUUCACCCUGUCGGGCAAGGCCCGCGGGGCCACCUCCGAGCAGCACCUCCGCCAGACGAUCCUCACCACCGAGCGGCACUUCCCGUACAUAAAGCGCCGGCUGCGGGUCAUCCACCGUGAGCAGGUGGAGCUGCUGCCCAUCCAGGUGGCCACCAUGGCCCUGCGCAAGCAGGCCACCUUCCUGGCCGAGGCCACCAACCGCCGGGACGCGGUGCAGAUGCAGCUCCAGCUCCAGGGGUCGGUUUUGCCGCAGGUCAAUGCCGGGCCGCUGGAGUUCGCCGCCUCCUUCAUGAAGCCGGAGGUCAUCACGGCCCACUCGGUGGAGGAUGUGAACGCCCUGUCGGCGGCCUUUGUGGCCCUGCUGGGGAGCUGCACCACCGCCCUCAAUGUCAACCAGGGCCUGGUGAAGGCCGACCAGCAGGUGUACCAGGAUCAGAUGCGGGAUGGCCUGCGCCGCCUGCGCGAGGGACUCAUCCCGUAUAUCAUCACCGCCGAUGAGUAUGUCGCCUCGGGUACGGUGUCCGGCCUGCCGACGCCGGAUCUGGACGAUGUGCCAUCCGGGCCCCCUCCGCCGGUUGUGCCUGUGGCCGCGGCCGCGGCCGCGGCCGCUCCCGCCGCGACCGGGCCUCCCGAGCCGCGGACUGCCUCCUCCGAGUCGGACCUCUGA